CUCCCCAAGAAAAACCCUUUGUGCCUUCUCUUUCAUCUCCUCUCCUUCCAUUUCUCUCUUUUUCCAUCUCCAAUGGCUACCAAAGGUAUGGUGCCGAGGCCGACCAUAAACCAUACUGGAUUUCCAACGGAAGUUCGCUCCCACUCUCACCCGUUUGGCCAAGUCCACUUGCCCAAGAAAACUAUGACUCCUAAACAGUCACUCGUAAAUUUUGCUUCUGUGGCAGCUCCAUCUAUGGGGGCGGCUGCAGCGAGUACUAGUUAUGACUAUAAUUUGGCUUGUUUCUGGAGGGAGAUUCAAGGCUUAAACAACUGGGAAGACCUAGUUGAACCCUUGCACCCUCUUCUCCGGAAAGAAAUCAUUCGCUAUGGUGAGUUCGUGGCUGCAUGCUAUAAAGCUUUCGAUCUCGACCCCAACUCAAAACGCUACUUGAAUUGCAAGUAUGGAAGGAGGAGUAUGCUGAGGGAGAUAGGGAUGGAAGACUGUGGUUACCAAGUAACCAAGUACAUCUACGCUACCCCAGACAUCGAUAUCCCAAUCCCAAAUGGGGAAUCAUGUGGUCGGUGGAUUGGAUACGUGGCUGUGGCGUCAGAUGAUGCUGUCAGGCGGCUUGGGAGGAGAGACAUAAUGAUUACUUUCCGGGGAACAGUCACGAAUCCUGAAUGGAUCACUAACCUUAUGAGCUCGCUGACUCCAGCACGGCUCGACCCUUAUGACCCGAGGCUAGACGUGAAGGUGGAGGCAGGGUUUUUAAGCUUGUAUACCUCUGAUGAAAAUGACAAAUUCGGACUAGGAAGUUGCCGACAGCAGCUAUUGUCUGAGGUUUCACGGUUGUUAAAAGAGUACAAAGGUGAGGAUGUUACCAUAACCUUGGCUGGUCAUAGCAUGGGAAGUUCUUUGGCUGUCCUUCUUGCUUAUGACAUAGCUGAGCUCGGUCUGAACAGAAAGGAAAUGGACGGAGAAAUUCCAGUCACUGUUUUCUCAUUUGGCGGUCCAAGAGUGGGAAAUUCAGCCUUCAAGGAGAGAUGCGAAGAUCUAGGAGUGAAGGUAUUGAGAAUAGUAAACGUAAAUGACCCCAUCACAAAGCUACCUGGGGUUUUCUUUAAUGAGAAAUUCAAGGUUUUGGGAGGGAAGUUUGAGCUUCCAUGGAGCUGCUCGUGUUAUGCUCAUGUGGGUGUGGAAAUAGUCCUUGAUUUCUUCAACAUGCAAAACCCUUCCUGUGUUCAUGAUCUCCAAACCUACAUCGGCUUGCUGAAAUGUCGAAAGAUAGCGCGGAUGCAGAAGGAUGGAGAUCGAGUAGAUUUUUUGGAUAGGGCUAGCGAGUUGUUCUUGAGUGCCCAUAAUAUUAACAUGUUCCCAUGGAUAGAAGUUGCCUCCAAUAUGGUAAACAUGUUUCAGUCCCAAAGGACGUGAUGUUCGUGGUAUGUGAUGACUUAAAGGGUGCAGGAGAAGUCUUACAAAUUUUUUUGGUCUGUGCAGAGGAAAAAAGGAGUUUGUCUAUGUGUUAAUCUAUUGUACAUCGGAGACUUUUUUUUUUUUUUUGAUAAUCUCUUAAACCAAGGAAAAAGGGAAAAUAUUUCUCUCCUAUUCAUGUAUUGUAUUUUAUUUACGUUUGGUUCAUAGAAUUGAUCACAUUGUAUAUAAAAAGUGAAAAAUUUGAGAACAGAUGCGCGCUUGAUGAUAUUGGAAUUGUUUCGGAGGAGAUGCUCUUGAGGGGUUUGGAGUCCAAUUGUACUCGUGUUGCUGCUGAUGCUGCAUCUAAUGUGAUGGUGCCUUGAAUUUUAAUGAUGAAGAGUAGGAUUUUAUUUAACGAACACAGAAAUUCUAUUACUAACAAUAAAAAGUCAUUGUAUAAAGCUGAUCAUUAGAU